CUUGCAGUCAUUGUAGAUGGGCCUUAAAAGGGAUAAAUGGUGUGCUUUAAUCUAACCUAUUUUAAGCGCUGCUAACUUUAUUUGUCUCUCUUCGAUCUUCCUGAAAAUAUUGUCGAAAUAAAACGCAGCAGAGCAGAGCAGAAUGUCAAUAUUUGGGAGACGAAUUCUUUCGUCGAAUCUUUUGAAGGAGUGUCUACGAUCUUCACGUAAUACUUAUCCUCGACAAUGUCAGCUAACUACUCAGUCACAGCCAAACGUGAAAGAAGUUGAAAGCUUAGAGAUCACAUUGAACCCUUUGACACACCCGGAUUUCUUCCAAAUGCAUACUUUGUUCACUGUAAAGGAUCUAUAUAAUGCUAGGGUUCAUUAUGGUCACAAGGAGACCUUGUUGCAUAAAAACAUGGAGACGUUUAUAUUUGGAUCCAGAAUGGGUCAUCUGAUCAUCGACUUGGAUCAGACAGCUGAACUGCUGCGGCAAGCAUUGAACUUUAUCGCUCAUAUCGCAUUCAGAGACGGUAUAAUCUUAUUCAUUUCGAGAAAUCCUCAGACAACUUAUCUGGUAGACAAAACAGCCAAAGAGUGCAAAGAAUUCUCGCACACGAGAUAUUGGAGAAAAGGCAUAUUCCCAAAUUCUACAAAUCAGUUUAAAACCAUAACAAGAUUGCCCGACCUGUGUAUCUUUCUCAAUACGCUCGACACUGCCAUGAGCGAACAUACAGGGGUGGCACAUGCAGCAAAGAUGUGUAUACCCAGUGUGGGUAUCGUUGAUACUAAUUGCAAUCCAAAUUUGAUAACGUACCCUAUUCCUGGAAAUGAUGAUUCAUUGUGCGCCAUAGAGCUCUAUUGCUCACUGUUCAAAGAAGCUAUUCUCAGAGGUAAGAAGGCAAGAGAACAGCUCAUGAAACUCGCAAACUCCAGAUAGAUUUAAAGUAAUUAAUUUAACUGAAUGAAUAUCGUGUACAAAGCAACUAAUUGAAAUACACCAUCUUUCUCUAAUUCAAGAAUAAAAUUAAGUAAGACAUUAAUAAGUAUCAAUA